UUAUCCAUCUGCUUCUCUAUCUCUGAGCUCUGUCUUCCUCUCCUCCCACCUUCUCUUUAACUAAAUAAAUAAAAAUGGCUCCUUUGAACGAGAAUUGUUUAGAGAAAACAAAUUCAAAAUGCCAAGCACCAAUUUUUGCUCCAAACUCCAUGGUGUUACUCUCUUCUUCAAUCCUUCAAAACCCAUUAUUUCUCAGACCCCCAAUCAAGCAAAAUCCAAGUAUUUUCAUGGGUGAGCUUCAUAAUUCAAUCACUUCAGCAGCUGACAAAUGCUUGAGAUUCCUCCAUUCCUUUGCCUCUCGAAAUCCUAUUCUCAAAAACAUUGUAACUGAUUUUAACCAACAUAUGACCCGGAUUCAAUGCAGGAGGGAGUACUGCAGGAGGAAUAUGAACAACUAUCUGUCAAAUCACAACUUUGCAGCUGUCUUACCUGGUGAUUCAGUGGCAGGGCUAGUGGUGGCUAAUGGGAUCAUUAAUUUCUUGAAUAUAUACAACACUUUGUUGGUUGUAAGGCUUGUUUUGACCUGGUUUCCUAACUCUCCUCCUGCUAUCGUUAGCCCCCUAAGCACUUUGUGUGACCCAUACUUGAACAUAUUCCGCGGGAUCAUUCCACCACUAGGAGGGACACUGGAUCUCUCUCCUAUACUAGCAUUCUUGGUUCUAAAUGCCUUUACUAGCACUGCUACUGCACUUCCUGCUGAACUGCCAGAAAAUGGAGCUUCUCCAAGAAGUCGCUCAUCCCCUACAUUGUUCACUCAUCUCACUACAGCACAGAAGAAAUGGAUGAGAAGGCUCAAUGGAAACAAGUCAAGGAGCUCCCCUGGUGCCGAUUAGGUCAUUCCCUUGACAGUCUUCUAGGUAUAUACGUUGUGUAUUUUCGUGAGUUCUGAAUACUGGGUGGUGAUCUUCCGGCCAGUAAUUUGAAUGUUCAUCAACUGACAGAAAUAUAGGAUAAUCUGUUUCUGUAUCUUAAUGUCAGUUAUAUAAUCUUUUCGUCA